AUGGCAAUGGAUGGACACGAGGCCAUUCUUAAGCAGGACCAAGAGGUAACAGGUGAAGGGAUAAGCUUAUCAAUUAAUUACCUUCCAUCUUCACCUCCUUACUCAGUAUCAGGGCAACUCCAAAGACUGCUGGGUAGAGAGGGGUUGGCUAUUAGCAGAAGGAAGUAUGACUGCUUGAGAGCUGGGCUUCUAGGGGAGCUAAUUCUUGGACUUGUCAGGAUGCAACCCUUGCUCUUCCAGGCCCAUAUUUUCUUAGUCUGCCUUUCUCACUUGCUGACUGGAGUGAUAGCUCAGAGAGGAGCUGGCUUAGGCUCAGGCUCAAGUUCAGGGCUGACUCACAGUUCCCAAAGAAAUAAAAUGGCAAAAGAGCUUAAGGAAAUCGAGCAUGCUGAACCUAAGAAAUUAUUUUGGACUGAAAUGUAUGUUCCUGUGAGACGUUGCCAUGUCACCUUGAAGAACAAGAUGGGGGAAUUUUCCAUUCCAGUCACUCGGAAACACCAUUUUAAGAAUAUCUGGUGUAACUGGACUAUCUGGGCAGGUCCCAGAAACCACAUUAUCAUCUAUAUCCAAGGGUUUAGGGGAAGCAAGGACUGUGAAGAAAAUACAGAUAAAAUUAUAUUUCAGGGAAUCGCCUCUGUUGUAGAAAGCACCAUAAUCUAUGCUUGUUGGAAUAAGAGACUGCACGUCUACGCCACUCAGGCCUUAGGUGUAAAUGUGGCCUUGCUGUCAAAGAAUUAUGCUUGGAGUCGCCAAUACAAACAUUUUAGAGGGAAAUAUUAUAUCUUCAGAGAUCCCAGGGCAAAAGUUUCAGAGAAAGAGGUCCUGACCUUUCAAGGCCCUUUUCAAAGGCCUUCCAACAAGCUUCCCUCCAGUACUGGACUAAAGGUUGAAUUCCCUGCUGGGAUGUCUCACAUAGUUCUAGAGAUGACCUCUUCUGAUCUAAUGCCAUCAAAAGCUCUUCAGCCAGGGAGAUCUCUCACCUGGGGAAAAGAGAAGGUGGAAUUUUCUGGGACUUCUUUGCCCUGUUCUGAGAGGCUAUUUGAUAAAUCCUUUGCUGAUAGCAUCAUGGUUACAAAAACACUAGGUAUGGGCCAGAUAAGCCUUGGGGAUGGAUUGCUUUCCAACGUUCUAGGGAAAACUUCAGCCCUUGAAACUAAAUGGUCGAACAUCAUAGAAGAAAAGAGCAUUCCUUCCCCUGGGUUUUCUAUGGAUGGCUCAGCAAUUGAUGGAAACAUCCUUUAUGAAAAUAUUCCUUCCCGUGUGAGUCCUGAGCAAUCAACUAUAAUGGAAGAUUGGCCGGUAAGUUUUGAAUUAGGAAGAGCAGAUAAUCAUACUGACUACUUAAUUCCUACUUCAGAGGGUGUUCCAGUAAACAUUAAGCCCACUCCCAGAAGCCAUUCGCUUUUUAUUCUUCUCUCAGAUUCAGAAUUCCUUGAAAAAACAGAAUGCUCUAAAAAUGAGAAGCUUCAGAUCAGCCCCUCCCAGAUAUGGAGCAGCCUGGCUGGAAGUGAACAGCAGCCCUUUCUUCAGACUGAAGUCCUGACUCAUGAUUUAGGGACUUUAUCUACUGAUUCUAGGGGGAAUCACAUGUCUGGUAUCUCCCUGAUUAGUGACACUCAGUUGCCCCUUGAAGGCUCCUUGCAUUUGAUCCCUGUGGUUCCAACAAUUCAUACUGCUGUGGAUUUUUCUUCUAAGUCUUUUAAAGAUGGUGACUUACCGUCUGACCCCCAUUUCCUUGAAAUCAUACAAACUCCUGGCGAUGGGAUGAUUUGGCUGAACUCUCGAGAAGUGUCCAGUGAAGCAGGGUUCACUCUGAGAGUGGAAUCUCCUGAUGGAAUAGGAUUAGUCCCUGAACUGCCUUCCACCAUCUUCCCUAGAUCCGCAUUUGAGGGUGAGCCAGAGCAGCUUCUCCAAGCACCCAGAUCACUUCCAGGGCCAGUAGAGAUAGGAAGCUUGGUCAGCAAUGUCUCCUCUGAAGAGGUCCUCAGUAGGAAUCAAAUGAAUCUUGCUGAAACAGUUAUAAAGUUUGUACUCGGUCAAGAAAGGUCUCUCCCCUUUACCAUUUAUCAGGAGAGUCUAUCUGAUAAUGAGUUGACUCCAACCCCUUCCCAAGUGGCUGUGUCUGAAACUGUUCCUGAAUGGGUUCUCCAAAAUAUUUCAGUGUCCAUUCCCUGGUCUUACCACAAUGAGCAAGUGACAACUGAGCAGCCUUUGGAAGUCCCUUUGGCCUUAACCCCAGAAACCUUGCUAAAAGCCAAAGGGCCUUCUAUGACCCGAAUUGAGACUAGAGCUGAGAUAGACUCCAUGCUUAUUGUUCAAAGUAUAAACACACCUUUUGCUUCAGUGAAUGAUGAAGAGCACAGGAUGGCUUCUGUAUUCUCUCUUGAAAUCCCCUUGAGCCAUGAUACACACUUUUCUAAGGACAACAUGGAAUAUCAUUUCUUCAGUCCAACAGCAAUGUCUCUUGCCUUCCUGCCCACUCCUACACUGAACAUAAAUGAAGAUGAGCUUAUUCUUAGUAUGUCAAGUAACUCCUGUGCUAAUUCAGAGGAAAUGUUUACAAACAUGGGAAAAACUGAACCUCUUCCCCUUUUUACUUCAAGAAAUGUGGAUCUUCCUACCUCUGUGUCAAGUCCUAUAAGACUUGCUCUUAGCUUAGAAAAUCUCUUUGAUUUAUCAGAAAGUAAACAUUUUAUUGAAAAAGAAACACGGAGUGUCUCUCAACUAGUUCCUAAGAGCAAGCUUUCACAAGGUAGGGAUGCUUCUUCAGGAAGUCGAAUUCCCUUGGGAACAAAGACUUAUUAUGAAAUGACUCCCUUGUCAACUCUGCAAUGGACCUCUGGUGUGACUCCAUCUUGGGAGCUUGAUGAAAUUCAGAAUGAAGUGACUGUUCAGUCCUCAAAGAAAGAUGCUAUGGUGAAUGAGCCUUGGGAAUCCUCCAACUCCCUCAAAAAGGACCAGAAAUUCACCCAGUUAAACUUUACAGCUUUGCUCCCUAGUGUUCCAAUAAUGUCCUUAGGUAAGCAGGACCUUUCAACAGUCUCCACAUCCCUGCCUCUCUGGUUUAAAGAAACAAAUCUUUUGGAGGCCAAAAAGCUUCAAGACUCCUCUGAGGUUUUCAUCUCAACCAGGAUGGUAGCCUGUAUUCCCAUAAGAAGGUGCCAUGUGGUUUUCAAAGAUGCCUUUGGAACUUUUUCAUUGCCAGAGAACUUAAACAGUUCUUGGUCAAACAUCUGUUGUAACUGGACUAUCUGGGUAGGAUCCAAGAAACAUAUUGUUGUUUAUAUCAAAGGAUUUGAGGGGCCUGAGAACUGUGACCAAAGUCAAGAUAGAAUUAUUUUUCAAGGCAUCUCAUCAAGUGUGGAAACGAAAACCUUCUAUGCAUGUGGAAGGCAAAGUACUUUGAUUUUUGCUGCUCAAGCCCUGGCUGUCCAUAUAGUAUUUCUCUCAGUGAGAUCUUAUCCUAAACACAUCCCAUCUUUUGAAGGCCAGUAUUUUGUCUUCACAAACCCAGAAAAACAAGUCCCUCCUAAACUUGCUGUUGGUUCUUCCUUAGCAACUUCCCAGAGACUCGGAGAGAGGACCCUAAAUAGCAUGGACUCUAGUCCUGAGGUAGUGUCAAUAACACAGUCUGGCAACUUUCUAAGCCUGAAUACCAUCUCUCUGGGUCUGGAGAAGAGCCAAAUGGUGACUGAGACAGUGAUGCUGAAGAAUAAGGAGCUAGUAGAGGGAGAAGGAAAGACUCUUGGUUGGAAGCAUCUUCAUGGCUUCUUUCCUCUGAUCCCUACUAAAGGGCCAUUGAUAAGGUACAAAACUCCAUCACCCACCUUGCUUAUGCAGGAGCUCGGCAGCCCAACAGAGACCAUAAAAAAUUCAGCUGGAAGGGAUGGUGUGAUGGCACUCAGGAUGACUUCAAUCCCAAUUACUUCCUAUGGGAACAAACCAGAAAAUAAAGCUUCUGAAAAAAACUUGUCCUUGUCAGGACUUCUUGAUUCAUUGAUUCAUCACCUUAAUUGGCCUUCUAAGACUUUUCCCUGGACAGAGCUACUUCCAAAAUCUGUGGGCAUUUCUGACAGGCUUCUUCCAUCGGCCAGAGUUGGAGAAGAAAAUCUGCCCGGGAACACCACUAAAACAGAAAAGCUUAUACAGCAAGAGGACCUUGUUAUCACCAAGCCUUCCAACCUUUAUUCACACUUGACUGUUCAGACUAUAAGGAAACCCCAAGAUGUGGUGAAUAAUCACAAUCUCUACCAGAGUUCCAGUCAUGUGAUGCUGGUUAAAGGAAAGAAUUUUUUAGAAAUAAGGCCUAGAGUUGAUGAGUCUAACACAGAGCCUUCAAAUAUUCCCAAAGAAGAUUUGUUUUCAAAUCUUCAAUUUAAUGAUGAAUACUUAGCACCAGAAUCCAGUGCCACUGGCAAAGAGAGAGGUGAGGAAAUUUUCCCAACAAGGGAUGAGGUGAGCAAGGGAAUCAGUUUGGAUCCAGCUCAGUCCAUUUCUUUGGAAAAUAUUAAACAUCUCAAUGGAGAUCUCCCAGAUCUGGGAAGUUCUAGAAAAGUGACAACCUCCAGUGAAUUUGUUUGGGAUUCUGUAUCUCCUGGCACCCUGACUGAGCUCUCUCCUUCCUUGAAGACCCCUUGUACUGACCAGAACUUCCUCAAAAAAGUUGUAAGUGGUGUCCAUCCAAUCCUUGAUGCUGCCCACUCAAGUGCUCCAACACCUAACUUCACAUCCAAGCAGGAUUGGCAAGCCAAGGCCAUGGGGUCUUUGAUACCUGAUCAAGCAUGGAAUAACAUCACUGCUGAUGAAGUCUUGGUUUUGACCCCAGAAUAUACUGAUGCAAGACCAACCUCCCCAUCUUUUGGAAAUGAAUCUGUCUUAGAGUUCCAACAUCAUCCAGGAGAUAUCCUAUAUGAAGUAACUGUUGAAAUGGAACGCCAGGUAGAGGCUGCAUACGAUGCCUCUGAAGUGGAGAAAGUCUUGGUAGAUUCAUUUAACCAAGAGAUUGGAGAAAAUCUAGGCCAUUUUUCACCUGAAGCAGAUGCAUUCAAACUAACUAGAAUUAAAAGAAAAGAUACCUCAAACGUCACAUUCAUUUUCUGGCUGUUUCUGAGAUCUAGUGGAAAAAAUAUGUCAGACAACUUGAUGUCUCAAUUUGGAGGAUCUGAGAAUAGUGCUCUGCAACUUCAAAUAAGAACUUUCAUCAGAAAUACAGUAAAAGCUCUCCAGCUUCAUCUGAAAUCUGUCUCCAUUCAUGAUGUGAAUGAAUGUGAAAUUGGCCUACAACAAUGUGGUGAAGGGGCUGAGUGCUUCAAUGGAGUUGGUACUUACUUAUGUCAUUGCAAAGAAGACUAUGAAGACCAUUCCCCCAAGCAGACUGGUAUCCUAUGUAUCCAUGUCCCUCCUUCAGGAGUUGGAUUUUAUUUCAAUUAUCUGGAUCUUCUCAUCAGUGCCACUGUUUUUGCCACCAUCCUCCUCAUGCUGAUAAUAAGUUUUGUGUGGCUGGCAAGCAGAACAACCCAAAAGAAGAGAGAUUUUUGCCUUCAGGAGACAAUGUCCUUGGAGGGUUUGUCUGCAUUACCACAGACCCAAACCAGAUCUCACUCUAAACUGAGGAAAUUCACUAAAUAUGCCCUCUACAAUCCCUAUGAAUCCAAGCCCCAAGCCAGAGUCAUGGAUGGCUCCCUGGAACAAAUACCUUACCUAAGCAAAGACUCUCAUGUGUGUAUGGAACAGUCUGAAAGUCUCUAAUAAUGAGUUAAGGAAAAUUUAUCCAUUGUUCCUCUGGUCUCCUUUGAGUCAGGUGGAGGAAGGAGGUAACUUGUCUGUCAAUGGUUGUAGGUGACUAAUACUCUUUUCUCCAGCACAACAAAAAAAGACACUGAACAUUUUUGAGGAAAGAGGGGAAGUCUUUCCAAUGAGAAUUUCUGAUUGUAAUUCAGCUUGUCUUUUUUAUUCCUUCCUACCUGAUUUAUACUUUUUUGGCUCUAGAUUCCAGCCUCUCUAGGUGAAGGAAUUCACAUAUUUGUGUCUUAGCAUCAAGACUUUCACACUAAUUCCUGUAAUGAGCAAAAGCACAAAGCUAAUGAUCUGGAAACUUUUGUGCCAUUUGACUGAAGUCUGUAGGAAACACCUAGGGUUCCAGGAAAUGGAAGGUCUACUAUACCUAUUUCCAAAGCUGAUGAAUGAGUCCUGUGACUUCUGAGGUUGCCCAGGUUAAAGUGAUGUUAAUUUAGCACAGUUUGGAAAUUCUUAUUUGACCAGAGUACAUUUUUAUAUGAUGAAUUAAAAAAUAAUUCCCCACUGGGAAUGGGGAAAGAAAAAAGCCUUGGUAUUCAAGAAUAAUUCUCUUUGUAUCCAUCAUCUUUUUUUUGUGAAGUUAGAAAUAUAUGUAUGUGUAGAAAAUUUCUUAAUUCUUAGUCUGAUUGAUUUGAUUUUUUUGUCUUAAAUUCUCUGUUUCAAGAGAUAAAUUGUGUGUUUUCCAUUAAAAAGCACUGUACUGUUAGUUUUUUUGUUUGGG